UCAAUCGUAAUGAUGUUGCUACUAGCUCAGUGGGGGAUAAAGAUAAUUUUUGUCACUCGCUGAAAAUGGACAAUAACCUCAAAAAUAGGGAAGUCCAGAACUAUAAGUUUAACCACUACACCUACCAUCUUAAUGAUACAGAGGGAAAGUAAAGAACUUCAACCUCAUUCUUCCCAUGGAGUUAACAGUUCUUCUUACACCUUCUAUAGUUUGAUAGUCUUAACAAGAUAGCAUGGCUACACCAUUUCUGCUAUCUAAUGCAAAGUGAGUUAUCAAAUGAUGGGCUUGUUCAGAUUCAGAUGUGGGACCUUGUUUUUCUACAUGCUCCUUCUUCUAUUCAGAACCUGCCAUGCCAACAAGGAUCAACACAUUCACCAGAUAUAUCCUGGCUUCAGUGCAUCUCAGCUAGAUUGGAAGGACCAUGGUGGGUUCUUCUUGCUAUCCAACAGCUCAGCUUUCGCUUUCGGGUUUUUCGGUACCUUGGAUGUUUCAUUGUUUGUUCUAGUAGUCAUUCACUUGAGUAGCUACAAGGUGGUUUGGACAGCAGACAGAGGUUUACUUGUUAGAAAUUCUGAUAAGUUUGUGUUUGAACAUAGUGGAAAUGCAUAUUUGCAAAGUGGGAAUGGUGUUGUUUGGGUGACAAACACCACAGGACAAAAUGUGAAAGCCAUGGAGUUACAGGACUCGGGGAAUUUGGUGUUGGUUGGAGAUGAUGAUAGAAUUGUUUGGCAGAGUUUUAGCCACCCUACUGAUACCCUUUUGCCUGGUCAAGUGUUGGUGGAAGGAAUGAAACUGAAAAGCUUCCCCAACAGAUUGAACUUGUUUCAUUAUCUUGGUUUUGUAGCAGGUGAUUUGGUUCUGUUUGCUGGGUUUGAACCGCCACAAACGUAUUGGUCCUUAUCAGGGGAAGCUCCAAAAAAUGUCACUGGCAAGGUUCACUCAGCUUCUCUGGUCUCCAAUUCAUGGAAUUUUCAUGAUAAAAGUGGUGUUUUGCUGUGGAAACUUGUCUUCUCUGAUCAUUCAGAUCCUAAGUCAUUUUGGGUGGCUAUUUUGGACCCCAAUGGUGCAAUCUCUUUCUAUGAUCUUAACAAGGGGAAAUCCACUAACCCUGAGCAAUUUAAGAUACCACAUGACCCUUGUGGCAUUCCUGAGCCUUGUGAUCCUUACAAUGUUUGCUUCUUUGAGAAUUGGUGUGAAUGCCCUGCACUUCUCAAGUCGCGGUUCAAUUGCAAACCUCCAAACAUCACAACAUGUUCCAGAAGACCUUCAAGUACAGAACUUGUGUAUGUUGGUGAAAAGCUUGAUUAUUUUGCACUUAAGUAUGUUGCACCAGUUUCAAAAUCAACCUUGAAUUCUUGCAAAGAUGCUUGUUUAGGAAAUUGUUCUUGCCUGGUGCUGUUCUAUGAAAACAGCACUGGUAGAUGCUUUCAUUUUGAUCAAACCGGGAGCUUCCAACGCUCUAAAGGAAGCAAUGGUGGUUAUGUUUCAUAUAUGAAAAUUUCCACUGAUGUGAAUGUUAAUGGAAAUGGCAGCAAAAAUAAAAGGAGGAACAUGGUGCUGGUUUUUGUGGUAGUAAUUCUUACAAUCCUUGUUAUUGCUGGCCUCAUAACAGGAUUUUGGUACUUCAACAAGAAGAAGAAUCUUGAUGAGUACCCUCAAGAGGAUGAUGAUGAUUUCUUUGAUAAUCUCUCUUCGAUGCCAGCACGAUUCACUUACAAUUCUCUUGCUAGAGCAACUGAGAACUUCUCCACAAAAAUUGGUGAAGGAGGUUUUGGCUCAGUGUACCUUGGUGUGCUUGAAGAUGGAACCCAAUUAGCAGUGAAAAAAUUGGAAGGUGUUGGACAAGGUGCUAAAGAGUUCAAAGCAGAAGUGUCCACAAUUGGAAGCAUACAUCAUGUUCAUCUGGUGAAGCUAAAAGGGUUUUGUGCUGAAGGCCCACAUCGCCUACUUGUCUAUGAGUACAUGGCAAGAGGCUCUUUAGAUAAGUGGAUCUUCAAAAACAGUGAAAACACUUUCUUGUUGAAUUGGGAAACAAGGUUCAACAUUGCAGUAGGCACUGCAAAGGGUUUAGCAUAUCUUCAUGAGGAAUGUGAAGUGAGGAUCAUCCACUGUGAUAUCAAGCCACAAAAUGUUCUUCUUGAUGACAAUUUCAUGGCUAAAGUCUCAGAUUUUGGAUUGGCUAAGCUAAUGAGCAGAGAACAAAGUCAUGUCUUCACAACUAUGAGAGGCACAAGAGGGUAUUUGGCUCCAGAAUGGAUUACUAACUAUGCAAUUUCAGAGAAGAGUGAUGUGUUCAGCUAUGGGAUGCUCUUGCUUGAGAUCAUUGGAGGAAGGAAGAACUAUGAUCAGUGGGAAGGUUCUGAGAAAGCACAUUUUCCUUCCUAUGUCUUCAGAAUGAUGGAAGAAAGUAAACUGAGAGAGGUUCUUGAUCAAAAGAUAGAUAUUGAUGAGAAGGAUGAUAGAGCUGUAACUGCUAUUAAAGUUGCACUUUGGUGCAUACAAGAUGAUGUGAGUUUGAGGCCUUCAAUGAGUAAAGUAGCUCAAAUGCUUGAAGGUUUGUGCACUGUAACUGAUCCUCCUUCAUUGUCUCAAUCCACUACUUAUUCAGCUUUCUUGAAAAUGAGCAGUGGAGAAGCAAGUUCUUCAGGACAGGCUAGUUUUUAUAGUAAUGUUCCCUUGUCCUGUGUUCAGCUAUCAGGACCAAGAUGAGAUAGAUAGAAGAAGUUUUGGUAAAUUAGUACUCAUUUUCUCUUCCAUUCCAUUUUCACUCACUUUAUUUUCUUAUCACAUCACUGAUCACACCUCUUAUUUCUCUCUGAUCUAUUCAUAUUUCUCUCUUGGUGCUGGUGGACUUUGGUGUGAAUAAAUGUUUAUUGUAACUAGAACUAGAUGAUGCAACUUACUUUUUUCUUUCUUUUGAUUCCACAAUCUGUACAUAUCUGAAUUGGAAUUUUAGUCUUGUUGCUGUGUUUGGA